CACUGAUUAUAAUAUAACGCAGGAGUCGUGACAUCCAGUCCGACAGGUGGCGGUGAUGUUAUUCACCUUAACAACGGCGUGUUUACAAAAGAGGAAGAAAUACAGUCAUAACAUUAGCCUGAAGCAGCUUCACACUACUGAAGAUGUUCUUCAGUCCCACAUCUAGUUGAUGUUUACGUCUUCGUCUGAGUAGCGUUUAAAAAAGACGUAGUGAGACUUUUAGCCUGCCAUACCAGUGCAGUCACCCAUCAUGACUGCCUUGGGCUUUACUCCUGCCAGAGAGCAGGAUAUUUUCAAGAUCGAAGGAGGAGAACAGUCCAGCUCUCAAACAAGCAGCAUACUCAGCGGGGUGGAGGCUAGAAAGUUCUACGAAAAUCUAAUGAAAGAUGAUAAAGGACCAGAUGUAGUUGGCAAGACACAUAAUGGGAGAGAUCAGCAGAUUAGACUGAGGAAUAAAGAGUCUAAUAGAAGAGCGAGGAGGAGAGUCAGGGCUGCAGAGAUGCAGCGGGUUCAAGCCGAUUCUGUGGUGGAAAGAAGAGUUAGUGGUGAAAGUAACCAAAGCGGAGAGACGACAGCAGGAGAGACAAGUAACUCAGAAAGGUGUGUGGAGCUCCGGGGACUCAGGUUGCUGCGCUGUGCCCAUGAGGGGGACCUCUCUGGCCUCAGAGAGCUCCUUUCAAAGGGGGUCGACAUCAACUUCCAGGAUACUUUUUUCUGGACGGCUGUGAUGUGUGCAUGCUGGUCAGGACAAAGAGCUGCUGUGAGGCUGCUUCUGCAACACGGAGCAGCCUGGGUGGGAGUGGUUGACACACAGGGGAGGGAUGCCAAAGAUCUGGCAGUGGAAGCGGGUCACAGUGGAGUGUUGGAAGAGUUGGAGAGCCAUGGGAGAAGUCCACAGACAGAGAGACAAACUGAUAGCAGUACCCUCCAGAAUCAGUGGUGUGAUGUGUGUUGUAGCGAGUACAGCGGCAGCCUGUCAUCACAUCUUUCCUCCACUCUGCAUCAGUUCAGUCUGCGGCGUCCACCACCGACCCCCUACUACUGUCUCCCCGCCUCCUCCAACAGCUACAAGAUGAUGGUUCGUUGUGGUUGGAGACCAGGGACAGGGCUGGGUCCAGAGGGAGAGGGGCCUCAACAACCAGUGGCAACUGUGCUGAAGAGAGACCAGAAAGGCCUCGGGUAUGGACAGCUGAAAAGAGCCAAAGUUACUCACUUCCAAGCUAGGGAUCGUGACGCAGUGAAACCACCAUCCAAGGAGAAAGAAGAGACGAGAGGAAAAGGGAAGAGGAAGGAAGGAAUUAGGAGAAAAGAACAAAAGGAUAAGAACUGGGAAAGAGAUUUCCGUGCCUCUUUUUAUCUUUGACACCUGCUCACAGUGAUUUUAGAGAAGAAUCUCUAAAACAUUAGAGAACUCUGCUAUUAAGACAAGUUGUUCCUGUUUUGUAUUUAAAGCAGCGAAAGUGUUUGUGAAGCUACAGUGAAGCAUUUUCUCAUGGAGCAUAAUGACAAUACCAUGACUCUACCUCAAAGCUGAUACUUUGUCCAUUUAUGGAAUCAGCUGUGUCUCUGCCGACAGGUUAUGCAAUGGACAAAUGUGGCAAUGAUUCGUUUCAUCUUUGAUCGAUCCUAAUUGUGUUUACUCUAUGUGAGCAAACACACAGUGUGUUUACUGUUGACCCACUUAGACUGUUUCAAAGGGUUAUAUGAAUGGAUUUUAUUUGCAUUUAUUAAAGAAUACAUCACCCUUAAACAGUCAAACAAAGAUUGUUCAUGAUCAAGCAUGUUUUUUAUGUCAAAAAGCUACACUGAUACCAUUUAUAUUGUAAUAAAAUAU